AGAUUUAGUUAACAUAACUAUUCAAUGUUUGAUACAACACUCCAAUGCUGUGUGGAGUCUGCAAAACAUCACCAAAAAGUUGUUGGACUUAACUAAAGGUAUAAAUUGGUCGCAUAAAUGAAUCAAACGAUUGAACAUUUAUAAGACGUUGUGUUGCCUUCACAUGAAAUAGUGGUUCAAAAGUUGGAAAACUUGUUUCUCUUGUCUUUUACUCUCAUUGCUUGUCAUAGCUUAAGGGCCAACACUUUUUGAGCUCAAACUUGGGAUUCAUUACAUUUGCCAUACCUUUGCAUUGUUUGAACUGUAAAUUAUGAUCAGUUUUUAUGAUUAAAUUGAUUCAAACAAUGGAAGAAGAACUCAAAUGUCCCGUUUGUAAGAACUUCUUCGUGAAUCCCAUUUUAAUGCCCUGUUAUCACACUCUAUGCCUUACUUGUGCUCUAAGUAUUCAACAGUCAGUUAAUGUCAAUCAACACAAUAACUCUUCUAAUAAUUGCAAUAAUAAUAAUAAUAUAAAUCCUAUGACCAUAUCAUCGCCUACCAAUGCUUCUACAUAUAUAGUGACCGCUACUGUCCAUCAAAGUGAUGAAAACGUUCACAUCAAUAGUAUUAUCGGUGAUAUCAGUGCCACUUGUAGUACAUCUGGUAGUGAGAUAAGUGAUGCCGACAAAGUCAGUCUCUUAAGUGAGACCGACUCAGGAGUUAUUUGCAAUUCCCGACCUAACAGUUAUGUGGGAACACCUAAUAUUCAGGGCAUACUAUUUCCACCAUUUAUACAAACGGUAAAUUCAAUAUCGUUGACUUGUCCGGUAUGUCACAAAUUAAUUUAUCUCAAUGAUAACGGGGCCACCAAUUUACCAAAAAACAGGACAAUGCAGGCAAUUGUAGACAAGUAUUGUGACACAAAUAACUUUACCACCGAAUGCCAACUGUGCGAAUCAAAUCCUAAAGAGGCAUCAGUUAUGUGUGAACAAUGCGAGAUCUAUUAUUGUGACACUUGUCGUGACCGAUGUCAUCCUCAAAGAGGUCCAUUGGCUGCACAUAAACUCAUUGCCGCACAUCUCACUAAAAAUAUAUCAAAAACUAAAAGCAAAGAAUCUGCCAUUAAAUGCAUCGAUCAUUCGGACAGUUGUCUCGAAAAGUUCUGCAUUAACUGUAAAAUUCCGAUCUGUAAUACCUGUGCUCAAGAAAACCGCCAUUUAAGUCAUGAUAUUCAAUCUUUGGCUACGAUAUGCAAAGUACUCAAAACAGAUUUGUCACAAAAUCUUCAUUCGUUGUCUGAGAAGGCAAAGACUGCCACAGAAUUUAUUCAACGACUCAAAGGAAUCACAGAAAAGGCAAAUGAAAAUAGUUUAAACUUUGAAACCGAGAUUACUUCUCAAUGCGAUAAUCUGAUCGCUACUAUUAAAGCAAGAAAACAGCAAUUAUUACAAUUCGGACGCAAAGAGAAAGAAUAUAAAUUAAGGAUUUUAAGAGAUCAGGUGUUGUCGUGUACCACAAAACUACAGCAAACCACAGGACUCAUCCAGUUUUGCAUUGAAGCCCUUAAAGACACCGAUUGCAUGAGUUAUUUGCAGAUUGGAUCUUCACUGAUAAGUCGUGUAUCCAAUGUUGAGAUGACGUGGCAUAAAGAUAUGAAUACAGCUCCCUGGGUAUCACCAGAGUUUGAUUUGACACUUGACUGUCAACCGGUCCUCUUAGCCAUUGAACAGUUGAAUUUCUCUCAAAUGAAACCACCUGGACCUCCAAUUCUGAUACCUGACGAGUGUUUAUCAGAAAACAAUGGUAUAACAGUGUCGUGGCAGCCACACCCGUCCAGUUUUAUUGAGGCAUUCAUACUAGAACUGGAUGACGGAAACAAUGGUGCCUUUAGAGAAGUAUAUUGUGGUAAAGAGACCAUAUGUACAGUCGAUGGACUUCAUUUCAAUUCAAUUUAUCGGAUUCGGGUUAAAGCAUAUAAUACUAGUGGAGAAGGCGUUUAUAGUGAUGUCAUAUCACUUCAGACAACAGAUGUCGCGUGGUUUACAUUGGAUCCAUUGUCAGCUCAUUCAGAUAUUGUCAUCUCCAAUGAAAACCAUACGUUUACGUGUGAUAGUUAUGAACACAGAGUUGUUUUGGCAAACAUUGCAUUUUCACGAGGAGUUCAUUACUGGGAAAUAACUGUUGAUAGAUAUCUGAAUAAUGCAGACAUAGCUUUAGGUAUCGCAAGGAUUGACGUCUCAAAAGAUAAAAUGCUUGGUUGUGAUUGUAAAGGUUGGAGUAUGUAUAUCGACAACAAGAGAUCAUGGUUUUUACACUCAGACAGACAUGACAGCCGAUCUGAUGGUGGUAUUGGUGUCGGCAGUGUUAUCGGUAUUUUGCUAAACAUGGAAACCAAUGAAUUGUCAUUUUAUGUCAACGACGAGCUACAGUCGGGAAUAGCUUUUUCGGAUCUUAAGGGUGUCUUUUACCCGGCUUUUAGUCUCAACAGAAACGUCACAAUAACUGUCACGACUGGCAUUGAACCGCCAAUCAGUAGCGGAUCCAACAGUGCCAAUGAAAGCGAGUCCAGUGAUGCAGAAAAUAAGAGAAUCAAUUGA